AUGCAUCACAUGGAUGAGGUUAUGGGUAUUGAGUUUAUGUAUUUUGAAAGGCUUGAUACCGAAUGUUAUCAUCAGUUGGUUAAGAAUUAUUAUUUUGAACGUACCAUGAAUGAGUUUAAGGUGAAGUGUUUGAGGGAGAGGAAGUGUACGACGAGCGAUGAUGAUGAGGUUGAUGCAUCCUUUUCGUAUGAAGAAGCAAUUACCAAGCUAGAUACACUCCUUAAUCAUCAGAUCAAGAAAAGUUUGGAAAAUCAUUGCAAGAAUUUGUUACUGGAUCCAGCCUCGAUAUCCGUUUUCAUUUCCAAAAACGAAUCCAAGCAGCUUUUUAUUAAUGGAGAAGAACAAGUUCACGAAUUUUGCUCCAAUUUUCAUCAAAACAACACCAAAUUGUGCAAAUUCCAUAUUUUGGAAUUGAGCAUUCAGAGAAAAGUCUUGUCUUUUGCAAAAUCGAUUCCUUCCAAGAUGAUAGAAAAAUUUAUUUGGUACUCGCUUGUGAGGAAACUAGGUCUAGAUCAUCAAGAGGAAGCACUUGCCUUGAUUCAUUCCCUUAAAAUUGAAUUCAAUCCAAAAUCAAUGGAGAUUCAUGUUAAGGUUGAAAACAACGUUGACCCUCUUGCUGAAAUUUGGAAAUUAGCGGUCGUUGCUCUUUUAUUCUUUUUAACUUUUGAAUGGAUCUACAAAAGGACCAUCGAAGACAAGAAAAACCAAGAGGAACGCUACACAAAUUUGGAAGCAGAGCUAAGCCUCUCGAACUCUAAAGUGUGCGACCUGACCACUAAACAAAUUGAGCAAGCAGUCCAAAUUCAACAAUUAACUACAGAAAAAGUCCAACUUGAAAAUGAAAAGGCCACUCUUGAAAGCAAGUUGUCAACAUGUAAAUAUCAGUUAAGCGAACAACUUGACAACAAUAAUAUUCUCAUCAAUAGAGAACAACUUAUUAUGAAAGAGCAUGCUACACAGCUACACGAGGCUCUUGAGAAGCUGAAGAAAACCAAUAAGAUUCAACUGGAAGAGAAGAAUGAAAUGAUAAAAAAGUUAGAUGGUAGCUUGACCUUGGAAAAAAACAAGGUGAAACAAUACCAAGAAGAGUGUGAAAAGGCGCGAGCUCAACUCAAGCAGAUAGAGAAAGACCGAGAUUUUACUACCUCUCAAUUGAAAGAGUUAUCCAGAAUCAAAGAAAAAUUAGAACAAGAAAAGAAAGAACUGACAGAGAAAAUUAAGGAAGGGCACAAAUUGUUAGCUCUCAAAACAAAGGAAUGUGAGGAUUCUAUUAAAACCAAUGAGAUACAAGCUCAAAAGAUCACAACACUAACUGUGGAGUUGGAGGACAACAAAAACACCUAUGAGCAUCAAACGAAAGAGCUCAAUUUCAUCAAAGAAGAAUUGAAAUCUUGCACAACAAAUUUAAAUAAGUUAAAAGAAACAUGUAAACAACAAAGUAGUGAGAUUUCCGAGUUGCAACAAGGGUUAGAAAGUUCUCAAAAAGACAUUCAGGAACGGAAUGAUCAAAUAGUAACACUUGAAAAAGAACUUGAAAAAAAAGAAUGUGAACUUGAGAGAGUUUAUGACCUGUUUGGUAAGGUAGAACAAGAUUACCAUGACCUUAGGCAGCUGCAUUCUCGUUGUAAACAGGAACAACAUGGGUCGUCGGGUGACGUAGAAGUAGUAACGCCAAUUGAAAGUAGUACAGGAAUUGAGGUCAGUGAGGAGACAACUCCAAUUCAGAUCAAGGAGGUAACAAACCAAAAUUUGAAUGAGACUACAUCUGAAGUAACAUUCAGUAAGAGUAGUAGCCAGGAAAAAAGCAAGGAACGAUUAAAGAAAUCCAAAAAGAAGAAGACGAAGCAUUCAAGUGUCUCGACAUCACAAAUACCAAAUCAGCAGGCCGAAUCAACCUUAAAUCAAGGGAAUAGCACCAUUGAUUCAACCCAAACUCCUGAAUAUUUUCCAACACCGAUAGACAUGAGUUCCAACGCUGUUGCAGAAGAACAGAAAGCAAAACGAACAGCAAAAAAGAAAUUGCAACGCCCUGUCAAAAAACAGCUCUUUGUCAAGACCAUUGCGAAGUAA